CUUUAGUUUCUGGUUCUACACGAUUCUAAGCUGGAUAUGCUAUCAUCUUCAUCUCUGCAAAUCAAAUCCAACCGUUUAUUACCCACCUUCCAAUCUUCUUUCUUCUUCUUUUCCUCUCAUUCAAACACAAAAACAAAAAGAUCCCUCAUUUUUGCUAUGUAGUGUAUUAUUCUUUGGGUGUUUUUCAUCCUCUAUUCAUGGCUGCUGCAGCGACUUUUUCACAAAUCUUUCAAAACCGUCAAAGUGAUGAUAAGAGCAUCAGUAACGUAGACGUUAGCAGGGAAGAGAUACAGGCUGCCAUUGCCAAGGCUGUGGAGCUCAGAGCUUUACAUGCAGCUCUUGUGCAAGGAAACUGUUACCCUGCAAAUCUCAGAUACCCAUCUUCUUCUUCCCCUGUUUCACGUCCUCUCUCUCAUUUAUCUGCUCAGGAUUACCCUGUUUUCACUCCUAGUUAUGAGGAUGAAUCAUUAUCUGGAUAUCAUACAAAUAAACAAGCUUUAUCUGAAAGUUGGGAUGAACGUGGUCUAGAAGCAGGAAACGGCAUCGAAACUGUAGUUUCAGAUUAUAAGAAGAAAAGAUUUUCUCUGACAUUGGCUGCCUUAGAAUCCCAUAUUUGUCCUGCCGAUGACCAAAAAUCCGUCGCCGGCUCUUGUCCAAAUCACAUCACCGUCCUACAAACAUCACCGUCCGUUGAAACUAGGAGGAAUAGUUUGGGGGAUUUGAAAUCGGUGUCAUCUUGCAAUAGAUGCAAGCCGGCUGUCAUAACAUCUGAAUCCGAAAAUGUUGUUAGGACAAUCAAGAAUUCGGAUACGGUUGCGCCACUAUCGGAUUCCCAUUCAUCUGUUCAAUCACAACCCCGGAACCGAGGGGUGAUUUCACGGUUAUUCCCUCGGUUAAUGAAGAAACAGAAGAAUGAGAAUUCUCCGAACCGAACAGAAUCCGAGGAGAUUUUGCAGGUACUAAAGGACUCCGGCAUGUUGUCGAUCGAAACGCUGAAGAAAGAUUUGAUAGAAGCACAUGCGAAUAGAGAUGCGGCCCUUAUGGAAGUUGCCGAGAUGAGAUCUUCACUAGGAGAGCUAAAGCAGAAGCUGGAACAUUUAGAAACCUAUUGCGAAGAUCUCAGGAAGGCCUUGAGGCAAGCAACGCAAAAAAAUGAUUCUCAACUCAAUGAAAAGCUAGGAGAUUGUCCUAGGAAGGGGAAAGCCAUUGAUGUGAAUGAACAAAGCUUGAUGCCUGUCAGUGAGGAGGUAAUGUCAGAGGGUUUCUUGCAGGUUUUAUCGGAAGCAAGAUUGUCGGUGAAACAAUUCUGUAAAAUACUUAUAGGAGAGAUCGAAGAAACCGACAAUGCUUUAACGGAGAAUUUGAAUUCACUUCUUCGACCAUAUAAGCUUUCAAUGAAUUCCAAGUACUCUAAGGCUGUAUCAUACCAUUUGGAAGCAAUUAUAAACCUAUCUCUCUACCAAGACUUUGAGAACUGCGUGUUUCAGAAGAAUGGUUCACAAAAGCUCUUGGACCCUCAACAAGAUCGCCAAGCUCAAUUCUCGUCGUUCGUUGCACUUAGAAAUCUAAGCUGGAAUGAAGUGCUGAGGAAAGGGACUAAAUAUUACAGUGAAGAAUUCAGCAAGUUUUGCGAUCAGAAGAUGAGUUUAAUAAUUUCGAUGUUGAAUUGGACUAAACCAUGGCCUGAACACUUGCUUCAAGCUUUCUUUGUUGCUGCCAAAUGCACAUGGUUGCUUCAUUUGCUUGCAUUUUCGUUCCAUCCACCGCUGGGGAUUUUAAGAGUAGAAGACAACACAACCUUUGAUCCACAUUACAUGGAAGAUAUGUUUAUGGAAAGGCAGAGAUCUCAUGGACAAAACCGAGUAAAGAUCAUGGUGAUGCCAGGGUUUUAUGUGAAGGGCAGGGUUUUAAAGUGCAAGGUGCUCUGCAGAUAUAAAAAAGUCUAAUUUGCUUCAAAUUGCUGGUAUUUCAAGUAGAAACGUUUGUAAUUAGCUAAUAUAUUUGUAACAUAUGUGAGAGUGGAUCAAUUCAAAUCCAUCAUCUCAGCCAAUAGCUUCGUAUGCGUCUCCUUGGCAUCUGAUAUAUCCUCCACAAUUUUUGUCAACUCCUUUGCGUUGUUCAUAUCUCCGGCUUUCAAGUAGCCGUCAAUGACUGGAUUUGCAGGGGCCGGGGACUUCGGCGGUUAUUUUCAGAACCACUAUUUUUGCUUCAUCAACGUUCUUCAUCCUACGAAGACCAAGAACAACUGAUGAGAAUGGCUUGAUGGCAUAUUUCCUUAC